UCAAUGCAUGCUAAGUUCGAAAUUCAAUUACAAUGCGAUUAGCUUGAGCCCGUUGCACAGUCCUAAGAAAGUAGUAACAAUUAAUUAACGUUUAAACUGGCUGGGUUAUGCCGGGACCGUCUUACAUCGGGCCUGCUUGCACACUCGACUGGCUGGCCAGUUCGCGUUUGACUUUCGAACGUGAUUGCCCGACGCGCGCUAAAAAUAAAAAAAAAACGAACAUUUGGCGGCAAAAACAAAACAACGCGAAGUCUUGCAAGCUGAGAAAAAACAUUCUCUGCUUUGAAUUUAUGUGAUUCUUGCGUGUGUAUCAAUUUUAAAAUGAUAAUAUUUUCUUUGCAAUCUUUUUAUUGAGGAGAAAUUAACAUUGAAUUCUGCUCAGAAUCGUAAUGCAGUGAGAGUGAUUAUUUUCGGUGAAAGUGGUGAAGGAUAUACAAUUUUGACAAAAUGAAGUUAUUUUGCUGGGGACUGUUUGUGUCAUUAGCCGUUAUAAUAGGAAUGGUGAACCCAACAUGCGUGCUAGAAUCAGACUUUGGGUUCAAAAUAAACUGCGCUUUCAAAAAGUCUGGCCUGUUCAGGGUGCGAAAUCUCGGAGGGCUCAAAGCACACGCUAGUUUAGGGUUCAGUUUAGGAGACGAGCUUGGCUUCGAGCAGUCGCUCACAAACUUGGACCCCAGUCGGAGGCGGUCAGUAAAUGUCAGGAAUGGCGCGCCUCCCAACCUUGUGGGCUCCACCACGCGACCGGCUGCUAAGCAGGAGAAACGUGGCAAACAGAACAGGAUAAUGAUGCGACCGAUGGCGCCAUCACCUUCACGGCCCAACCACGCUGCCAUGGACAAACUCAGCACUCUACACCGAAGAAUAGCUACAACCAUGCAGCCCAUAGUCGUUCCCUCCAUGGAAACACCAAGCGCGCCUCCAAAAACCACACAAGGCCUAACCAUGGCGAAACCCAUACCCAUGGGAGUGCCGGCAUUCAAACCACUUCCACCUAAAGAAGAUACGUUAAAAGUCGUCCCGAUAUCUUCGACAAAGAACACUCAAAUACCGCAAGCCAAAGGACCGGGCCUCGCCUACCAAAGUGAGAACUACCCACAGUCACACAACCAAGUGUCCAAAAUGGUGUCGCAAAUGACAGCUUUUCAGUACUCACAACCUCCACUACUCAGAAUCACACCAACUCCCAUCAUAGUCCAAACUAACACUCCACAAUUAUAUCCACUACCAACUACAGUAAAUCCAUUCAUACCGAUGCCUGUAGCCGCCCCGCCUACUCAAGCUUUAACUAUAAUACCCGCACCAUCUUUAAAAUACUCUCAGCCUCAUAUCCGUCCCUUGUACAAUACCGUUUCAGUCCAAUCUCCCGUUUCUAACUUUGUAGAUUCUGGUGCUCAGCAAGCUCAAGAGUUAGCCAACUACGCGUACAAUACGAAGAAAGUCGACGAAUAUAACACGAUUACAGGAUACGGAGACGAUACUGCGCUAAAAUUCGAUAAAGAAGACAUUAAUGCGAAAAUCGUUGCGAUUGCAAAUGCUGGGAAUAUUUCUAUGGAUGCCGUGGAAGCAGCUAUAUCUUUACGCCAACAGCAACUGUUAAGUAAAUACGCCAAUAUGCCGAUGCCUACGACUUCUACUACAACUACAACGACGACGACUACUACAGAGUUGCCGAUAGUGUUCCAGCCGCAACCGGAGCCGGAAAUCUUGGUCGCCACUCCUCAGAAGCCGAAAAGGAACCCAACAGUGGGCAAAGUAAUGAAUGCCCCCCGUGAAUACUACCCGGUUGGAUACGAGAAGAACUUCGACGACCACUUCCAGUCCAAAGUCGAUCUUCCCGACACUGACUUCCAUUGUGGAGACCAGAAAUACUUCCCUGGAUUGUAUGGAGACGAGACUCUGGGAUGUAUGGUAUUCCACGUGUGCGCUUUAACUGACGACGGCCUAGUAAUGAAGUCUUUCCUUUGUCCGGAAUCCACACUGUUCGACCAAACAAUCCUGAAAUGCAACUGGUGGUUCUACGUCGACUGCAAGAGUACGAGACGUUUGUACGACACUAAUAUACCUGUGUCUAAGAGUUACCAGCUAAUGAAGGCGCUAACUUUCUUCUCGUCGUAUAAGAAGGAUGUGCAGGACGACGGAAGUCAACCCACCAAUCCUGAAGAUGUAGAAGGAAUCAAAGAGGCUAUUUCAAUAUUGGAAAAUCAGGAACAAAACCCUAACUCCGCUCAAGUCAACGGACAAAAUAAUAUUCAAAUUAUCACACCGCAACCGAUCCUAGACGAACGAAACAAUCACAAAAUUACUUCUACUGAGAAUUCCCCUGUUUAUAGAGCGACAAGACACUAUAGUACUACUAAUAGCACUAGAAGAAGCUCAUCCAAAAACAAAUCUAUUGAAUCUAGUUCUGAAUCAAAGCAAGAUAUAACUGCUUCAAGAGAGAACAGAACGAACUCCUCUGAAUCAGAAAGGAAAUACAGAAGAAGAAUGACUCUCAAGAAUACACCAGUAACUACAAAUCUGCCAGUAACAACAAAUCCUCCAGUAACAACAACAACUACAACUACGACUACACAGAAGCCUGUACAAUCAAGCACUGCUUCAGUAGAAAUUAUCAAGCAAGAGAUACAACCGAUAGAAUUUUUCGACAUUGCAAAUGUUCAAAAACAAAAACUCAUAGAAGAAUUAAAAGACUUGCAUAAAAUUGACGACUCUUUACUCUCAGUAGCAGAGAACGCAGCGCCAGUGAGAAGGUUUUACAGAUCCAGCGCAGAAAAGAACAGCAAAGAAGUGACUUUUGUAAAUAAUGAAAAAGUGCAAAUAGUUAGGCCAACGUCUUCGGCUAAACUAGUUGGAGAUUUCCAAACUCCGACGGCUGUUAUAGCAAAAUUAGACGAAGCGAUUGUAGGAAGGCCUUACUCUAGAUCUAAGAAAGCAGCAGUCACAAUAGUCACACCCGUAAACCAUGAACCCUACAGAAUCCCUAAAGACCAAACAUAAUUAAGUAGCCCAAGAAAAGUCUAUUAGUCAAUAAUUAAAUUUAAGUGUCAUAUAAAACCUCUUGUUAACUUAUUUAUUCUUAACAAAUACGCAAAGCGUUACUGUGUUGCGUGUUUACGUGUACGCUCAAUGUUUUUAUAUUACGUUUAGUUCUAGUGGAAUCAGUCAAGUGAUAUUACGGUGUAUGUUUUAGAUGUAUAGAAAUAAAACUCGUUUCCUAAAUAAUGAUUUUUAC